AUGCACUUAUGGGAUCACCGGUGCAAACCCACGCAAGCACGAACAACAUUGCCCAUCCGGGACGUCUGCCGUCACAUUUACUUCCCAUGCCACGAUUCGUCUACAACUGGAAUGAAGUUACGGACUCCGUAUUUUGUAAGAGGGUCUCGGCAAGACUCCCUGAAAACCCACGGGAGUCUAAACGAAUUGUUCUGGGAGGUCGACAACCCGCUUGACAUCUUCCAUGUCUGCCGAAACCGCGUCGCCUCGCAACAUCACAAGUUCCCGAGCUCUUAUGCGCUGCAAACGCCUCUGACGUUGUUGAAUGAAUAA